AUACGAAGGAUAAAACCCCGUGGCUUGAAUUUCCGUCUCCAUUAGUCCACAGUAAAAAAACUAAUAAAAAAAAUAAACAACAAUUGAAGUACUUUGGGGGCUACAUUUUGUUGGACUGCGGUUAGAGAGUCACUCGUUCACUCGUCGUAUCCAUCUUGAUUAUUCAACUGUUCUUUACAAAAAAUGGUAAUGAAAAAUACUGAAACGCAACACAACGGGGCCAAGCGACUGAUGGAGAACUCGUAACGGAGUCGAGUCGCAAAAUGUCAGGCGCAUGAUUCCUGUUGAGGGAAUGGAGUGACGGCGCGAGGGGGAGGGGUAACGUGUGCAUGCGCAGUCAGCUGUGUUUGAAGUAGAACGGAGUGAGGAAUUUUUUUCUCCGAAAAGUAGACCGAGCUCUCGUUUUUAGGUUAAAAGUCGUUGUUUUGUGUUUGUUAUUUCGAGGCCGAUAAAUUUUUCCAGUUGGGGUUGGGGCUGAGAUGAGGAACUACAAGAGGAAGACUGAUAGGCAGAGCUGGAGCUCGACGGAUAUGGCACAGGCCAUUGCUAUGGUUGUGGAGAAGAAAUUGGGGAUUAAUAAGGCUGCACAGUUAUUCAGUGUGCCCAGUACCACUCUGCAGAAUCGAGUUAAGAAGUAUCAGAGUGGGUGCUCGCUGGAGGAAGCUGCUAAGAAAGGUUUGGGAAAAUUCAAAGCGAUAUUCACCGAGCAGCAGGAGAAAUGCCUCGUGGAGUACAUUCAGCAGGUCCAGAAAACCAACACCGAGAAGUUCACAACAAAGGACCUGAGGAAGCUGGCGUACCAGCUCGCAGAGAAGUGCAACGUCCAGCACAAAUUCAACGCAGAGGACGGCAUGGCGGGACUGGACUGGUACACUGGCUUCAUGAAGAGGCACCCCGAGCUGUCAUUUCGCAAGCCCAAGAGCUCCGAGGACUACCCGGACCAUCACGACUGCCUCGAGAUCAUCCUGGAGGAGCCCGAGAUCAAAACCGAACCUGCAGACCCACCCAAAUCUUCCACAUAACACAGAUAAACCCCUAUCGAGAAUCUUCAACGGUUUAGGAUUAAGAGAUUCAUAUAAUACAUUAUUAUUUUCAUUAUCUAUCGUGUAUUCUAUGCAUUAAGUCUUCAGUAUUAUUCAGUUAUCCAUGAUUAUGUGGGGUCGUUUUUUUUAUUUAUUGACACGAGGAUUCAUUAGGCAAUUGAACUGACGUGAAUUUGAAAUAAAGCAGAAUAAGUGGAA